AUGGAGGUCUUCAUUGAUCCCACAGAUGGGGGGGUUUUCUCCAUAGAAAUUGGUUUCUUUGAGACCGUUCGAGAUAUGAAAGAGAGGAUUGAGGCAACCAGUGGGAUACCCGUCUCGAGUCAGACCUUGCUUUUCAAUGGCGAAGUCCUUGAUGAUGAUGGUAAGGCAACGUAUCUCGGGAUAAAAGAAAAUUCCUCUAUUCAACUCCAGGUUGCCAACACUCAGUCGGGGCCGACUUUCCUCAGGCUCCGGAUAAGAAUUCCAUCGCACACGCCAUUUCUCAUGGAAGUCAAUAGAGACGAUCUGGUGAGAGACCUGAAGGAGAAGAUUCAAGCGAGGGUGACAUCCUUGCCUGCAGAUCGGUUGGCGCUCCAGGUUUAUAAUGUCGAGCUGCAAGACAAUCUCUCAGUAUAUGAAUGUGGGCUUAUCAAUGAUGUCCAGGUUGAUGUGUUUGUCAAGCCUCAGCUGGUAUGGUCUUCGGGAGGCAGUGGGAGCGGAUCUGGGAAACUGACAGUGAAGGUGCUCCCAUGGGGCUGGAACAAGAAGAUUAUCGUCGAAGUGAGCAAGUCCGACAAAGUGGAAGAGCUAAGAGGCGAACUUGAGAGGUUGCAAGAGAUGGAGGGAUUUGUGCUUCCAGCGGAAUAUUUCUUUAUACAUAAACAGAGCGUGAUGGUAGAAGACGAGACAUUCCAAUUGAACGGAGUUAACCAAGGCGAUACCAUAGAAGUCUUUCGCGGGAAGGUUGCCAGUGAUUAA